AUGGAGUCCACGCCUACUCUUCCCAUCCCGAUCUCCUAUGUAUCUGGUAGAUACCUGCUGUUCUCUAUUGACGCCGUCACUUAUCUGCGACGCGAGCACAACAUCUGUGGCGUGCUGAUCGGGACCCUCCCACAAAUCCCACAACAGAAUGUGUUCCUGGGCCUGCCGCUGGAAUUGAUGCCCGAGGAGGCACGGGUCUUGGUGGACAAGGAUGUAGCUUGCAUUGUAGACGAAGCCAGAGCUCACGAUGGCAUGCGAUCUCUCCUAGAGGAGGAUCGUCGACAGUAUCUCCGCGACCUAGAAUCCCAAGGCCAGCUCGCCACGCGUAUGCUGUCAGAUCGCAAGGACCAGCAAAGAGAACAAUCCCUGAAGGAGAUAGACGAGAAGAAGGCCAAGGGCCUGGCUGCGAAGGCUGCAAAGGCCGCCGCCGAUGCUCAAGCCGCCGCUUCAUCGACCUCAGCCCCUACCGAGAAAGAGGAACCCAACUCAGUCUUCGCCGGAGAGGAUGAGAGCUCGUCGCUGUCUCGCACAACCGGCACAAGCACACCAGCGCAUCAUCAGGCCAUGGGUGUCACGCCUACCACUUCCUACCCGCCGCUACCUCACCCCGUCUCCCCGUCCGCUCAAUACCUCCCGAAGCCUGAAGUGCCGCUGUCCUAUCCGCUUUUUGCCCACCUACAUUCACGCGGCUACUUCCUUUCACCUGGUCUGCGCUUUGGAUGUCAAUACGUGGCCUACCCAGGAGAUCCCCUUCGAUUCCACUCCCACUUCGUCGUCGUCUCCGCAGAAUGGGAUCAGGAAAUGAACUUGAUGGAUAUCGUCAAUGGUGGCCGACUGGGCACUGGUGUGAAGAAAGGUUUCCUCUUGGGUGGGCCCCAGAAGAGGCGUGAUGAGGUCGAGUCCGAGGCCGAUCGCAUUGAGACUGUCCGCACCUUCAGCAUUGAAUGGGCCGGCAUGUGA